UAAUCGGUGACUAGGAACUUUAACCACAGUCUCAACUGACUGACAAUUUAUGGACGUCAUUCUGAGACGUCAGUCAUGCAUAGGUUAAGGCACCGAAUUAUAUGGAAGGAAGAAAAUUAAGAAGUAUAUACUUGUCAGAAUCAUUAAAAUGUCUCACGGUCAAGUUUUAUCAAUACUACCAAAAGAUAAAUUACCCGAUGUUUGGGAAAAUGAUUCUCGUAUGAAUGUGUUGUUUGCACCUUUCCGUAACCGAGCUGUAAAUCCUCAUGAUUGGGAUUCUAAAUUUGCUUUCUGGAAGAAAUUAAUCAUCGAUACUUGCAUUUACAAUAAAAUCUACACAUUUACAUUGGAGGAACUGCAGAAGCUAUUUAAUAUUAAUGGACGUUCACCGGCUUGUUUAAACGUUAUUAUCGAAGAAAUGUAUGCAAGAGGAGAGUUGCAACAAUUAGAACACUUUUUGCAAAAACCAUGUAAGACGUGGGGUUCCUGGAUGGCAGAAACAUUUGUGAAGAAGCCGUUUGUUUGGUCCUAUAACAAAGUGAGACGUGUCCGAUCUUCAAGUUUAGGUUUGCUUGUUAACGUACCUGCUAUUGUAUCAGAAGGCACGACAUUGCAAUCCGUAAUACCUGAUGAUUUUAAGAAACGAGUUUUCACCUUAAAAGAGUUGAUGGAUGUUAUGAAUUUGGAGACAAUUAAAGAAAGUCAAGUAAAAUUAGUUUUACAUCACUUGAUGUGUAUUGGGGCAAUUGAUUUGCAUGAGAUUAAAGGAAGUGAUAAUCAUUCAGUCCCUAUCAAUGUUUUAGUUAAAUUUAAAAAUAGGGAAAGUGAAGAUAUUAUCACAGAAGUAGAUGUAAACAUCCACAUUUUAGAACAGUUGGAAAAAAGUAUAACCUUACUGGUUGAAAAACUAGAAAAGGAAGUCAUGGGCUUUGUCGAAGAAGCUAAAGUGUACUUGGCUAAAGGCCAUCGUCAAAUGGCUAAAAGUUGUUUGAGGAAAAAACACGAAGUGGAUAAGCGGCUGUCACAAAAGGCCAACAGUUUACACAAUGUUCAACUCCUUUUGUUAAAACUACGUGACAGUAGUACGGAUGCGAAAGUUUUCGAAUCAUACCGGUUGGCUUUAGCUACAUUGCAAAAGAAUUUCAAAGAUACCGGUUUAUCAGAAGACUCCGUAGGUGAUGUAGUAUCGGAACUAGGUUCAGUGCUCGAUAUGCACGAAGACAUUCAAAAUACACUCUCUCGGCCAUUAUCAAAUGAUGAUGAUGAUGAUCUGGAAGAUGAAUUGGCUCUAUUAGUGUCAAGUAAUACUCCACCUAAUGAUCCUUCUUCUCCUUCUAAACCAAUUGUUGAUGCUGACACUUUAGAGCUUGAGAAAAGAUUAGAAAAUUUAAAACUUCCAGAUGUACCUUCAAGUGAUACUGUAAUAAAAAAUCAAAUUGCUUUAUAAUUUUUUUUACAAGUACAUUUUAAUCAUGUUUGUAAUGUUUAUAAUGUGUAAUGUGGAAUGUUUAUUUAUAAUUGGCAUGUUGGUAGAUUUUUAAUAUAUUUUAAAACUUAUUUUUAUUUGAAAAAAAUGAACAAAAUCGCAAUUACAGAUUUAAUCACACACAAAACUGAAAAUGUUCCCCCAUUUACUUUAGACCAGAUUGCUAUAAUGGAGGAGCAGCUGUUCGUGGAUAAUGAUAUUUAUUUGUCCAAUUGACAUGGAAAAGGUACGUCACAUAAAAUUGCAUUAGGUUUUACAAACGCUACAAGUUUCAACAUUUUAAAAAAUUGUGUGGAUAACAGAUUAAGUACCUACAUUGCGCUAAAUGCAAGUGUUUAUAGUACCAAGCUAUCCUUAAAAGUUAAAAUGAACAUUCCAGCAAAAUAUACACAACAGUUUGGUGUAUUUCUUAUGAACAUGUUCUGACCGAUAAUGUGAAUGGUGUAUCAAAAAUAAAC